AUGCUUGACGCGAUCGUCAUCGGAGCCGGGCUCUCCGGGUUACAAGCUGCGCGUUCUCUGCAAGAGGCAGGGCUACAAGUCAUUGUCCUAGAGGCUCGAAAUCGAGUCGGAGGCAAAGUCUGGAGCGUCCCUUUGGCAUCUGGUCGAGGCGUGGUGGAUUUGGGUGCUGCGUGGGUAAAUGAUCAGUUGCAGCCGCGUAUCACGAAGUAUCUGAAGCGAUGGGACUUGAAGAGGGUGGAACAGCGGUUGGGGCAUACCGCGAUUAUGCAGGAUAGUGAGGGCGGCAUUUCAACAUUCCCGCAUGGUAUUAUGCCUGAGUUCAGCGAAGAGGAGAAGAAGAAUCUGGGGGUUGUUCGUGAUCAUAUUCAAGCAGAAUCACUAAAGGCUGGACGACCGGAAUCGAAAGAUGAUGCUGUCAGUCUGGAUCAGUAUGUUCGGAAUCUUGGCGCUACCGACAAAACAAUCAAGAUGGUCAACCUUUGGGCUAGAGUGAUGCAUGGCGUGGAAUCUACGGAAGAGUCAGCAGCUUUCUUCAUCGACUAUUGUCGGAAGAACCAAGGACUUCUGUCGAUUCGUGCUGAUGACAAGACCGGUGGCAAUUAUCAGCGUCUACACCGUGGCACUCAAUCCAUUGCGAACGGCCUCCACGAGCUCGUCGGCAAGCACAACGUCUAUUUCUCAUCGCCGGUGAGAUCCGUCGAGGAUAAUCGCACUCAUGUGGUCGUCACCACAGUCGGCGGAAAGGUCUUCAAAGCGCGGAAAGUCAUCAUCUCGAUACCAAGCACAAUGUACCAAGACCUGACGAUAUCUCCGCCACUGCCUGCUGGUCUUCAAGAGCUUGCCGACAAUGCCACGAUGGGAGACUACAACAAGAUGAUUGUAUGCUACAACACACCUUGGUGGCGGGAGACGUCCUACAAUGGCUUCUUCAUGAGCUACAGUGGCCCUAGCCCGCUGGCGCGAGACACUAGUGUGGAGGAAGUCGGACUGUACUGCUUGACUUGCUUUGUGAAUGGCGACUUGGGCCGCAAAUGGUCCAAGCUACCACCUCACGAGCGACGCGCCACUAUCCUGAAGCAGCUGGCCAAGAUCUAUAAGGCAGGUCCUGAUUCCGAAGUCUGGCGACCAAUCGAGAUGUUCGACCAGAUCUGGAAGCAUGAACAGUACUCCAAAGGCGCAUUGGUCCCCAUCACCAAGAUUGGCGACUUGACCAAGCAUGCGGAUGUGUAUGGCAAGCCUGUCGGGAACAUCCAUUUCUGCGGCACAGAGUACGCCACGGAGUGGAAGGGGUACAUGGAAGGCGCAUUGUGCUCUGGCGAGAACGUUGCCAAGGAGGUCUUGAAUGUAGUCGGUUUAGAUGCUAGGCCAAAAUUGUGA